AUGAAGGAUUUUCCUAAUACAUUAGGAAUUGGUAGCAAAUACAAGUUUAAUCAACAAUAUUCUAGAAAUGCGUUAGUUAGCAUGAUUGUGAAUCAUGAGUAUCCUCUUGCUAUGGUUGAUCAUAUUGGAUUUAAGAGAUACUUUAAUAGUUUGAAUCCUGAUUUUAAAGUGAUCUCAAGAAACACAGUAAAAGCUAAUAUAUUUAGGGAAUACAAUGAAGAAAGGCGUCUGUUAGAAAAAUUUUUAGCGAGGAACAAAUCUAGGAUUGCUUUCACAAGUGACAUGUGGACUUGCACUAAUCAAAGAAAAGGGUUUCUUUAUUUCCCAUGCCCACACAACAAGUACACAAUAAGCAAGAUCUUAGUUGAAUGCUUGAAAAGUUUUAAUUUGGAUGAAAAGAUUUCUACCAUUAACCUUGAUAAUUGCACAACAAAUGAUGCUGUAGCAGAUGUUUUGCUUGAGAAACUUCAACCUUCUAAGCUUAUAUAUGAGAAGCUUGAAGAUGCUUGUAAUUAUUGUAGAAUUCCUAUUACUAAAAAACUACAACUAGAUUGUAAGACUAGAUGGAAUUCAUGUUCUGAUAUGUUGCAAGUUGCUCUUUUAUAUAAAUAUGCAUUUACUAGGUUGGAAUCCAAGGUUGGAAAAAGUGGAAAAGAAAAGUUUAGGUUACCGAGUAAAGAAGAGUGGAAAAUGGCAAGUGACAUUUGUGAUAAAUUGACGUUGUUUAGUAGGACAACUGAGGCUUUUUCCGGUUAA